GUGGGGGUCACUGCUUCUGGGACCUUGCCGAUAAACAAGGGAUAUCAUGGCCGGCCGAGCCAUCCUUUGGGGUCUUCUGCUGUCUCUUUGUGCCCUGGGUGAGUGUUUUGCUUUUUCCUCCUAAUAAAAUUCACCCUGUGAUGUGGGAGAGGGGUUUGGGGCAGGUGGUGUAGUGGUUAGGGUGUGGGGCCCGGAUUCGAAUCCCCCACCCGAGCCCAUAAUUAAUAAGAAUAAUAUUUUUUUAUUUAUACCCCUCCCUUCCCGGUUCAGAAAACCGGGCUCAGGGCGGCUAACAACAAAUUUAUUUAUUUUUAAUAAGUUUUUAUUGUUAAAAUAAUUCAGCAUUAAUACACACAUACUGCGAAUAUACAAGCAUACAAACAUACAUUUCAUACAAUCCUUAAAUAUAUACAAACAUACCUACAUUCAGUCCCACAGAUAACUCCUUUUCCCACCACAAAUUUAAAACAAUGGAUGCAACGAAAAACACGGCGUAAAAUGCAGUAUAAAACGUGAAUGGCAAUAAAUUCAAAAUUGCCUCCCGCCACCUGGUCUCCCUCGCAGGGGGGUUCUUGUGAGGAGAAAAUGGGGAGGAGGAGAAUGAAAAGAAAUAUAUAAGUGUGAGAAGGGAGCAAUAAAACCUCCAUUCGGAUCGUUGUGGAAACCCCCCCUUACUCAAUAUAUAUAUAUAUUUGGAGCCUGGAGAACUGAGCGCAGGCUGGUUUAUUGAUUCGGGGUUUCCAGAGGCCCUGUAAAGAUCUCAGCGCCUUCCUUAACAUGCCAUAAAAAGAAUAUAAAGAUGAGAAAUUCGGGGAAUGAAAUGAAAGGGAUUUGUUGCAGUGCACCCCAUCUGAUUUCCUGACAUGAUGGAUGAGUAAUAAAAGGAGAGCAGAAAGCGUGGCGUGCAGAAUAAUGAAGUCCUACAAAGUUUCUACAACUGCAUCGGUGCUUUUCUUGAAUUACCAAAUGUCAAAUUGUUCUUAUUUUAUUUGGAAAAUCUUGGGUUUUUUGUGUGCUUUGCCGGUGCCCUAACCCUGUUCUCUGUCUGGCUGUUGGGUAAUUCGGUGCCGAUGAGUGUCGUUUUAAAUGGCGGCCAAAAAUAUUAUUAUAACGAUUAUAUUAUUAUUAUUAUUAUUAUUAUUAUUAUUAUUAUUAUUAUUAUUAUAUUUCAUCAAAAAUAUUACUAUAACGCUUCUGCUUCUUCUUUCAAACUAACCUCCGAGUGGUUUGCAGCAUCCCUAAAGAGAGGCAGUCUGGUGCAGUGGUUAGAGUGCCACACCGUGACCCGCGAGAGAGCUGGGUUCGAAUUCCCGCUCACUGGCCUACCUCACAGGGCUUGUUGUGAGGAUUAAAUGAGGAGGGGGAGAACCGUGAACGUCAGCUUCUCGGAGGAGCAGAUGGGGUAUGAAUUUAGCAAGCAAAUACCGUAUUUUUUGCUCUAUAAGACUCACUUUUUCCCUCCUAAAAAGUAAGGGGAAAUGUGUGUGCGUCUUACGGAGCGAAUGCAGGCUGCGCAGCUAUCCCAGAAGUCAGAACAGCAAGAGGGAUCGCUGCUUUCACUGCGCAGCGAUCCCUCUUGCUGUUCUGGCUUCUGAGAUUCAGGAUAUUCUUUUUCUUGUUUUCCUCCUCCAAAAACUAGGUGCGUCUUGUGGUCCAGUGCGUCUUAUAGAGCGAAAAAUACGGUAAAUAAAUCACGGAUAGGCUCAGGAGCAAAUAAUACAGUGCAAAUUCCACAUUUUAGGCCAGCAGUAAGGUAAGUUAGCCGUUUAGACACCAGGAUAAAUGUAAAAUAACUACUAUACGGGGAUCCGUAUGCUGAUGACACCCAACUCUAUCUGUUGAUGGAUGGCCAUCCUGACUCGGCCCCAGACACACUGACCAGAUGUUUGGAAGCUGUGGCUGGAUGGUUACGUGGGAGCCGGUUGAAGCUAAAUCCUUCGAAGACAGAGGUCCUCUGGCUGGGAAGGGACGAUAUGGGAUUGGGGGAGCAACUCCCAUCUCUUGCGGGGGCGCAAUUAGUGCCAGCACCGUCCGUUAAGAGUUUGGGUGUAAUCUUCGACACCUCCCUUUCCAUGGAGGCGCAGAUUGCAGCUACAACAAAGGCGGCAUGUUUCCAUCUCCGCCAAGCUAAGCAGUUGGCUCCUUACCUCUCUCGCCCUGACCUGGCCACUGUGAUCCACGCGACGGUCACCUCCAGACUGGAUUAUUGUAACUCGCUCUACGUGGGGCUGCCCUUGAGACUGACCCAGAAACUCCAGCGGGUGCAGAAUGCCGCAGCGAGACUCCUUACGAGGUCCUCGCCACGGGAUCACAUUCACCCGGUGCUAUACCAGCUGCACUGGCUCCCGGUGGAGUACAGGAUCAGGUUUAAGGUGCUGGUUUUAACCUUCAAAGCCCUAUGCGGCCUAGGACCCUCGUACCUACGGGACCGCCUCUCCUGGUAUGCCCCACAGAGAAACCUACGGUCUUCAAAUAAAAACAUCCUGAAGGUCCCAGGCCACAGAGAGGUUAGGCUGGCCUCAACCAGAGCCAGGGCCUUUUCGGCUGUGGCCCCGACUUGGUGGAACGCUCUCCCACAAGAGACCAGGGCCCUGCGGGACUUGACAUCUUUCCGCAGGGCCUGCAAGACAGAGCUGUUCCACCAGGCCUUUGGCCAAGGCACAGCCUGACUCCCUCCUUUGGCAAUCUCCACAUAACUCUAGCCCAAUGGUUGCCAUCAAUUUGAUUUGAAUUAAUUUUAUAAUGAAUGAUUUUAGAGUGUUGUUUGUGCUGUACUUUUGUACUGUUUUAUUGUUGUUAGCCGCCCUGAGCCCGGCUUCGGCUGGGGAGGGCGGGAUAUAAAUAAAAUUUAUUAUUAUUAUUAUUAUUAUUAUUAUUAUCCUAAUAACUGUUAGCAGUUCCAGGAUGCGGAAAUGGUGGAGAGACAAGACAACGCCGUCGGCGCUAAAUAGAAGUGAUUUCUGUUCACACAGGUUAAGGGACGCCGUGGGGAGGAGGGGAGGGUUAGGUUGAAUUUGGGAAAUAAAAUAAUAUAUGGGACAGCAAAGGAUAUAAUAGAUUCUUAUGGAAUAGUAAUAUAUUGUAACCAGAAUAGAAGUUUAAAAGCGUAAGUAAAUGUACUUUUAGUAUUUUCAUUAUUGUAAUAGUUAUUAUUAUUUCUUAUCGGUAGAAGGCAAUGUUAAUUUACCCCUCUUUGUUUUGCUGUCUGUAUAAUUAUUUUUUUUAAGUCAAUAAAAAGAAGAAGUGAUUUCUGCAUUGCAGGGGGUUCAGCUGGAUGAUCCUCGGAAAUCCCUUCCGUUUGAAAACGCCGGCCACGUGAAGAUAAAUUCAACAGUGCAAAUAAGUUUUGAGGGAUGGAGUACCGAAUGGUUCAGUUUAUGCAAAAUACGCAGGGAUUUCUGUUGUGCAAAAUGAACCACAGAAAGGGAAGCCGUUGAUAGUUUAAGGUGGUUGAAGUGAAUAUUCUAAAACAGAAAUUUAAUUUAAAAAUAGCCUUUUUUAAAAAAUCCCUUUCAAUGCCACAAAUCUGGGCUUCGUCGGAGACUUUUAAAGAGAGGUCGGCUGGACGUCCGUUGGGUAUUCUUCAGAUGCAAUCCCUGCGUUGCAGGGGGUUCGGCUAGAUGGCCUUUGGGGGUCCCUUCCAACUCCUCGGUUCUGUUCAAACGUUGGCCGUUCCCGAUCGCCUGCGAUCUGCCCCAUUGCAGAAGACAAACUGAGACACUCUCUCUCUCUCUCUCUCUCUCUCUCUCUCUCUCUCUCCAGUUGUGAGCUGCUCAGAAGUCGAGGGCCGUCUGGUGGAUAAACUCGCCCAGAACUACUCUAAGACGGUCCUGCCCGUCCGCAGCGUCGACGACAGAGUUCCCGUCCGCAUCGGGAUGUCUCUCUCGCAGCUGAUCAGCCUGGUGAGCAAAGGGUCUUUUGGACCCGGUGGCUUGGAGGAUGCAGGACUUGGAGCUGCCAGCAGGGGGAGGUGUGGCGGUGUGGCAGCCAAUCAGAACCCUGGUUCUGCUGCAGCCUGCAGAGGGCAGCCUAGUUUCCUUUUCCUGUUGGCGCAAUACCGCAGGGGAACAGCAGGGGGCGACAGUGCAGAAGGGGCGCUGUGCAAAUCUGGUGGUUGUCACAGUGACGCAGAGAGUCGGUCUCUUUAGAUUCAACCCGGGUUUUCCUCUAAACGGAACCUGUCCGGAUGUUCAAAAUAUGGGGCUGAUUCCUGCAUUGCAGGCGGUUCGUAGAAUCUGGAAUUGUAGAGUUGGGACCCCCAAAGGUCAUCCAGUCCAACCAGGAAUCGCUGCUAAAGAAUCCCUGGCAGGUGGCCAUGGAAUCGCUGCUUCGAAACCUCCAAACCUCUUAGGGAGUCCGUUCCGCAGUCAAAUGACUCUUGCCGUCAGAAAGUUCUUCCUAAAUUGUGUGAAAAUGGUAUAUUGCUGGUAUCUAACACUGAGUAAGGGAUGCGGGUGGCGCUGUGGUCUAAACCACAGAGCCUAGGACUUGCUGAUCAGGAGGUCGGCAGUUCGAAUCCCUGCGACGGGGUGAGCUCCCGUUGCUCGGUCCCUGCUCCUGCCAACCUAGCAGUUCAAAAGCACACCUGUGCAAGUAGAUAAAUAGGCACCGCUCCGGCGGGAAGGUAAACGGCAUUCCCAUGCGCUGCUCUGGUUCGCCAGAAGCGGCUUAGUCAUGCUGGCCACAUGACCCAGAAGCUGUACGCCGGCUCCCUCGGCCAGUAAAGCGAGAUGAGCGCCACAACCCCAGAGUCGUUCGCGACUGGACCUAAUAGUCAGGGGUCCCUUUACCUUUACCUAACACCAAGUAAACUGGCAAAAAUCUACUAAAUCAAACAAGUGUUGGAAAUGUAAAGAGAAAGAAGGUUCUUUUUAUCAUAUGUGGUGGUCUUGUAGCAAGGUUAAAGCUUACCAGGAAAUGAUAUACAGUGGUACCUCGGGUUAAGUACUUAAUUCGUUCUGGAGGUCUGUUCUUAACCUGAAACUGUUCUUAACCUGAAGCACCACUUUAGCUAAUGGGGCCUCCUGCUGCCGCCGCGCCACUGGAGCACGAUUUCUGUUCUCAACCUGAAGCAAAGUUCUUAACCUGAAGCACUAUUUCUGGGUUAGCGGAGUCUGUAACCUGAAGCGUAUGUAACCCGAGGUACCACUGUACAGUGGACGCUCGGGUUGCAAACGUGAUCCAUACGGGAGGCAUGUUCGCAACCCGCAGCGUCCACAACAUGCACGGGUUGCGAUUCGGCGCUUCUGCGCAUGCGCAAAGCGCAAUUUAGUGCUUCUGCGCAUGUGCGAGCGCCAAAACCCGGAAGUAACCCGUUUGAGUACUUCCGGGUUUCAGUGCGUCCGUAACCCGAAAACGCGCAACCUAAAGCGUCUGUAACCCGAGGUAUGACUGUACAAUGAAUUGAAAAGGAUGUUCAAAAUAACUUUUGCAAAACAAAAACCAGAAGCUUUUCUUUGGGGGAUUAUAGGGCAGAACUACCUAAAUUGUAUAGGGAUUUAUUUAUGUAUGCUAUACUACGGUGCCCCAAAGUGGGAAGAAGCAGAAGUCCCAGCAAAGGAAGAAUGGAUACAAAAAAUUAUGGAAUAUGCAGAAACGGCGAAACUUACCAGAAGAAUAAGAAAUCAAGAUAAACUUUUUAUAAAAGAAUGGAAACGGUUUAUUGAAUAUUUACAGAUAAAUUGCAAAGAGAUGAAAACAUUGGCAGGAUGUUUGUAAUAACCUGCAGGUUCAUAAGAGUAUAUAUUUAAAGCAGAUAAUUAAAUGAGCAAAUUAACUGAAUGUGGACAUGCAGAAGAUAUUAAAAAAAUAAAUUUAAGGAGCCGCAGAAAGAGGGGGAAGGAAGUCAAACUUUGAGAUGUUCAAUUGUAAAAGUAAUGAAAUGUAUAAACUUGAAAAGUAUAAAGAGAAACGAUAAAUUUCUUCCUAAUGUUUGGUCAUGGAAUUGUAGAGUUGGAAGGUACCCCCAAACUUUUGCCCAACAUGGGACUCGAACACAGGACCCUAAGGAUUUUGAGUCUCAUUCUCUGCUGACUGAGCUAUCCCAACUAGCAACAGUAAGUUUGUGUAUGUUUAUUCAAAACCUUCCAAGGAGUCUAGUUCAUUUGUUGUUGUUUUUUAAGUAGUUUGUAAAAAGUUCCUAUUCCUCUUUAAAGUCACAGUUGUCCUUGUCACACAAUUUAUACGUCAAUUUUGCCAGUUCUGCAUAGUCCAUCAAUUUCCCUUGCCCCGAUCUUUUGUCGGGGUUUCUUCAUUCUUCCAUCCUUGUGCUAUUAAGACUCUGGCCGCCGUUGUCACAUACGUAAAAUAUGUUCUUCAUUUUCCUUGGCAGGUCUUUUCCUACAAUCCCUAACAGAAAUGCUUCUGGUGUUGUUGCUUUUUGCAAAUGUUAAUUUGAACAUUUUCUUCUUCUUUUUUCUCUACAUUCCCACCACUUAUGAUAAAAUAUUAUGGCACAAGAUAUUGGCCAUAAUAUACUGUCUGAAGACUGGGGAAGAUUGUGGAAAACAGACUUACAAUUUACAGACUGCUCUCUUUGGAAAGGAAAUUAGAUGAAAAUGAUGUACAGAUUGCAAGAAUGUAUAAAACUGGGACAAAUGUAAGUGUAAGAAAAAAGAAGGGAGCUGUUAUGUACUGAGUUGAAUAGCAUCCAGAAUGCAGCAGUCUGGUUGGUCCUAGAACAAUAGGAUCCAGAAUUCAGCAGUCUGGUUGGUCCUAGAACAAUAGGAUCCAGAAAGCAGCAGUCUGAUUGGUGCUAGAACAAUGGGAUCCAGAAUGCAGCAGUCUGAUUGGUCCACAGGAGCCACCCAAUCCAGCUCCAGGUGGAAGUGAAUCCGCAACCUGAUUGGCCUACAGGAGAAUCCCGGAAUUAGCCAAUCACAUGGGGCCCAUUGUGUAUAUAAUGUAUAGAAAGCAGACAUUCUGGGGGAACGUCCAUUCUUCCUCACCACUAUGAGCUGAAUAAAGAGCAUGAAAUCCACUCUCAACUCCGAGUAUAUUUCAGGAGACUUUCAGAUUUUUGAAGAUGGCUCUUAUAUCCUCUCUUUUCUGGGCUAAACAUCACCCAAUUCCCUCAACCGCUCCUCCUAAAAUUCAGUUUCCGGACCCUUCAUCAUCUUGGUCGCCCUCUUCUGCGCACCUUCCAGCUUGUCAACACCCGUCUAAAAUUGAGGCGCCCAGAACGGGACGCAACAGGACUCCAGGCGGGGUCUGGCCAGGGUGGUUGGGCUAGAUGACCUUUGGGUCCCCUCCAAUUCUACAAUCCUGUGAUUCGAUGUCUCCUCUGGGCUUGGGCCAGGAAAGAGUUAACGGCGGCAGCUCGGCAGCUGAAGAUCCUGGCUAUUAAUAGCCGAAUCCUGGAGCCACGCAGGACAAAGGAAGACAGGUCUUCCUGUCCCUCUUAGCUCAUCCUCCCUCCAGGAAUGGUCCCAAUUUCCUUCCCAAGAAACAGCGAGAUAGAAUAAAAGCACAUCCCCAAGUGCAGUUUCUGCUGCCGUUCCAGACUUUCGUUCUUUCGUUAUUUCUAGUUGGGAUAGAGCAGGGAUCAGCAAACAUUUUCAACAGGGGGCCGGUCCACUGUCCCUCAGACUUUGGGGGCGGACAGCAGGCUAUAUUUUGGGGAAAAUAAUAAUGAACAAAUUCCUAUGCCCCACAAAUAACCCAGAGAUGCAUUUUAAAUAAAAGGACACAUUCUACUCAUGUAAAAACACACUGAUUCCCGGACUGUCCGCUGGCCGGAUUGAGAAGGCGAUUGGGCCGGAUCCGGCCCCCGGGCCUUAGUUUGCCUACCCAUGGGAUAGAGUCACACACCAGCAAAUUCAAAUUAUAAUUUAUCGUGUUUUUCCGUGUAUAAGACGCCCCCAUGUUUUGGGGGACUCCAAAUUAAGAAAACAUCCCUCAGUGUAUAAGAUGAGCCUCAAUUUUAAACCUAAUUUUUUGAUUAAAAAAACCCCUAGUCUUAUUUUAAAAAACCUAGUCUUUGGUAAAAAAAAACACAAAAAAACUUAGUCUUGUUAUAAGGAAAAAAACCCUGCUCUUUUUCCCUUAUGGGGUCUCCAAGAGCCCGUAUAGAGUCCUUAAGUGGGUUCCCUAUUGGUAGGAGAAAAUAACAGAGAAUAUUGAGAAGCAAAGCAGCUAGUAAGCCUAAUCUUAAUUGAACUGUUGCAACAGGGUCCCCCACACGCAGGAGGGAGGAGAACCCAGAGCAAUUGUUGUUGGGAUACUGCCAGGGAGAUAAAGUCCAUCAUGGCCCCCAAGCCGUCUGCCGGACGAUCCAUCGACCUCCCAUAGGCACGCAGUAUCAGCAAUUAGCGACAUGAGUUUCUAGAAAAUAUCUUGCCACAUUCUAGAGCUCAUGCACACUCUAUCAGCAGAUAAUGCACAGCCAAAAGGUUGCACUCAGGAGAGCAUUAUUUACAAGUUUAUUCAACGUUGAUCAGAACACAGAAAAACAUGACUGCCUGCUUUAGUGUCUACGACACAGAGAGAGAAACGAAAGCAACAGAAAACAUAAACAUCCUGUGAACAGGAAAUACGCAGACUCUGUGACUCACAGCCUGCUCCCUUUUAAGGUGGAACGGAAAUAUCCUAACAUGGUGCGCAAGCCCUUAUAUAGACUCUUGAAAUUGCCCACCCUGUAGCCCAAAACAUCAUGCAUACAUCACAGAAGGAGGCGGUCUACAGCGGAAAUCCUGUCUGCCAGGGUACCUGAUAAUGGUCACUGAUUGCUUUACCUGGGCAGCCUGGCCAUUCUUUUGUGAUGGUUAAUACUUUAGUUCCUGAGUCCAGGUCACAGGCUUACCCUAUUCAUACACAAAUACACCCGUAAGACAGGAUUUGCAAGCGAAAAGACAACGGGAAGGCUUUCCCCAUUUUCCUCCCUUACUGCAGAGGAAUAUUUGAGGUCAUUGGGAGAGUCAAAAUGGCUUCAGGAUUGCUCUCCUGUACUACUUCUUUUUUUUAAUAAUUUUUAUUGAGUUUUCCAUUUUAACAAUCCAAUCAGAUCACAUUAAACAUUCCAAAUUAUACAAAUACAUAAAGUCCAAAUAUUUUGCGAAAUUAUAAUUUUUUGUUGGGGCUUCCCAUGCUACUCACCUGGAGUACUGUGUCCAGUUCUGGGCACCACAGUUCAAGAAGGACACGGACAAACUGGAACGUGUCCAGAGGAGGGCAACCAAAAUGGUCAAAGGCCUGGAAACGAUGCCUUAUGAGGAACGGCUAAGGGAGCUGGGCAUGUUUAGCCUGGAGAAGAGGAGGUUAAGGGGUGAUAGGAUAGCCAGGUUCAAAGAUAUAAAAGGAUGUCACAUAGAGGAGGGAGAAAGGUUGUUUUCUGCUGCUCCAGAGAAGCGGACACGGAGCAAUGGAUGCAAACUACAAGAAAGAAGAUUCCACCUAAACAUUAGGAAGAACUUCCUGACAGUAAGAGCUGUUUGACAGUGGAAUUUGCUGCCCAGGAGUGUGGUGGAGUCUCCUUCUUUGGAGGUCUUUAAGCAGAGGCUUGACAACCAUAGGUCAGGAGUGCUCUGAUGGGGUUUCCUGCUUGGCAGGGGGUUGGACUCGAUGGCCCUUGUGGUCUCUUCCAACUCUUCUAUGAUUCUAUGAUUCUAAGUUCAGUGGGGUUCCAAUCAUCUCAUGUUUCUACUGCCUUGAGUUUCCAAUAGGUCCUUCUUUAAAUCUUCCUGUUGUUAUCCUUCCUUCCUUCAUGGCCUCUGUGUUGUUUCCACAGGCGAGUUGAAGUGAGCAGUGAUAUGCUUCUGUGUGUAGUUUGUAUGACUCUCCUUUUUUUUUUGCAGCUGAUAAGUCUGUCGUUCGCAAUAUGUCCUCACACGCUGGUGUUUAUGCCAAAUCAAUCCAAAAGUCCUUCUCUGGUGGCAGACGCCAUCUUCUCUCAGUUCCGAUGAAAUAAAACCUAGGCGUUUGCUCGUUCAUUUUCUCAGACAGGUUGCAUCAAACAUUAGUCUUUCAGGGGAGAUUUGCCAAAUCGGGCUUGAAGUACAGAUAUGAUAACAAAUUAAGAGCUCAUCUCCCCCAUGACUGUUUAUCUCUGCAACUCUGUCUAUCCCAUAAUGGCGGACCCCAAUUAAAUAGUGCGUCACAGGAGAGUCUUGCUCUCCUGUAGUAUUUCAGAUACGUGGUUUAUAUACUUAUGUAUGUGUUUGCCUUGUACCUUUGUCAACAUUUACUUUAUAUAUUUGAGACCUCAGAAUUCUUAUAACACCUUCAAUCUCCAGAUGGGCAAGAAUUAAUUUAUUUUGAUGACGAUGAUGAUGAGUAUGCUUGCAAGCUUGCAAGCAUCAGUCCAGCAGGAACUGGCUGCAAAUUAUUGCAUAGAUUGUCAGGGUGGGUGGGUUUCAUUUAUAUGAUUUCGUUUAUACACUGCACGAUGCGGACGGUCCAGGAAUCAGCGUGUUUUUACAUGAGUAGAAUGUGUCCUUUUAUGUAAAUUCCAUCUCUGGGUUAUUUGUGGGGCAUAGGAAGUCAUUCAUUUCCCCCCCCAAAAAAUAUAGUCCGGCCCCCCCACAAGGUCCGAGGGACAGUGGACCGGCCCCCUGCUGCAAAAGUUUGCUCACCUCUGGUUUAAAAUAUGCGCAAAGUUAAAAGGUUAAAAACUUGCCUGAAUGAGAAUAUUUUUAGCAGGUGCCAAAUAGAGUACCGUGAAGGGGUCAAGUGGCAGGGAGUUCCGAGUGAAAGAUUGGUUUCUUGCAAACGUGGUCCCUCCGACUGGGCCAACCGUUAGUGCUCUGAAAAAUCAGACAAUCCUUUUCUUUUCUUGUUUCUUCAGGCAGAGAAAGACGAGGAACUGACAACCAAAGUCUAUUUGGAUCUGGUAGGUGGAAAUGAAAUCUCUCUCUCUCUUUGCCUCCCUGACAAACGAACGCUUCUCUCCUUUUGGGGUAAGCGCCAGAAAGGGAUCCAAAUUCAGUUUUGUUCCAAGGGGUUUCUCCUCCGACUGCAUUUCCAAAGGCACAGAAUUCUCCCAGGGGUGCCCAAACUUUUUCAAACAGGGCCAGAUUGCUGAUCUUUUUUUAGGAUUGAACUUGUUGAGCUACAAUUUUACCCCAAGGGGCCACAUUUAAUCGACCAGCGGGCUGGAUUAGGCCCCCGGAACAGACUUUGGACUUGCCUGUUUGAGAGGAUGUUCAGAAACCAUCAGGCAAUGCUUUGUCUGCUGGAACUUUUCCAGGAGCGAUUAAUAAUAAUAAUUUAUUUAUACCCUGCCCAUCUGGCUGGGUUUCCCCAGCCACUCUGGGCGGCUUCCAACAAAACACUAAAAUACAAUAACCUAUUAAACGUUAAAAGCUUCCCUAAACAGGGCUGCCUUCAGAUGCCUUCUAAAAGUCAGAUAGCUGUUUAUUUCCUUGACAUCUGCUGGGAGGGCGUUCCACAGGGCGGGCGCCACCACCGAGAAGGCCCUCUGCCUGGUUCCCUGUAACUUGGCUUCUCGCAGGGAGGGAGCUGCCAGAAGGCCCUUGGUGCUGGACCUCAGUGUCCAGGCUGGACGAUGGGGGUGGAGAUGCUCAUUCAGGUAUACUGGGCCUUUGAGGCCGUUUAGGGCUUUCAAGGUCAGCACCAACGAUAACCUUCCUCUUGCCUUUCCUCCAAUGACUCUCUCAUCUCCCUCUCGAGAUAAAACACAUCUUUUUCUCUCUCUGUGGGUACCAGACAUGGACCGACUACCGCCUCGUCUGGGACCCCGACGACUAUGACGGCAUCACCUCCGUCAGGCUUUUCUCGGACGAGGUCUGGCUCCCGGAUAUCGUCCUAAUGAACAAGUGAGUGGCGAUGAGGACUAGGAACCUUGGCGCUGUCAAAAGGAAGAGACCUGCGGGGAAGGGAGGAGCUGUUCCCAGCAGGGAUCCCUCGCCUUCCCAUAUAAUGCCAUAAUAUGGCCUUCUCAUAGUGGGCGUCUGGGGAGAUCCAGCCAGAUGGGCAGGUUAUAAAUAAUAAAAUGUUAUUAAAUUAUUAUUAUGGGCCACUGGCCUGAAUCAGUAGCCUCUUCUUCGGCUCUCAAGCCAUUGACAAACCUUCUCCUCCAGGAACUGGUCCAAUCGUUUUCUAAAGCCAUUCUCGUCGGUGCCCAUCUCUGCCUCCUGUGGCAGGGAGUUCCGCAGAUUAAAAGUGAAAAAGUCCUGUCCUGAAUCUCCCAUCAUUCAGCUUUCACACAAGUUCAAGCGUUACGGGAGGAGAGGGAGAAAAACAUGUCUCUGCCCUCUUUCUCCAUGCCAGGCACUUUUGUAUAGACUUCUAUAAGAAUAAUUUAUUAUUUAUAGCCCGCCUAUCUGGCUGGGUUUCCCCAGCCACUCUGGGCGGCUUCCAGCAAAAUAUUAAAAACACGAUAAAACAUCAAACAUUACAAACUUCCCUGAACAGGGCUGCCUUCAGAUGUCUUCUAAAAGUCUGGUAGUUGUUUAUCUCUUUGACAUCUGAUGGGAGGGUGUUCCACUGUGCGGGUGCCACCACCGAGAAGGCCCUCUGCCUGGUUCCCUGUGACAUGACUUCUCGCAGGGAGAGAACCGCCAGAAGACCCUCGGAGCUGGACCUCAGUGUCCAGGCAGAACGAUGGGGGUGGAGACGCUCCUUCAGGUCUCCUGGGCCUUUGAGGCCGUUUAGGACUUUCAAGGUCAGCACCAACACUUGGAAUUGUGCUUGGAGAUGUACCUCCUCGCCUUUCCUCGAAACCAAAAUGUUCUCUAAACCACAAUAGGGGGGAGAGCUCUCGCACCCGGAUCCAGCUCGCGGGUUUCCCAUACAGGCGUGUGGCUGUGUGAAAAGGAGGCCGGACUAGAAGGGCUAUUGGCCUGAAGCACCGGCUUAACCUUGUUUUUGUCCCUUAUUCACCCUGUCCAGCAACGACGGCAACUUUGACAUUGCGCUGUCAAUCAACGUCCUGGUGAACCACAAAGGAGUCGUCCGGUGGCAGCCGCCAGCCAUUUACAAGAGCAGUUGCAGUAUCCAGGUGAGUGAGAUUUUCUUUAUAAAAAAUAAAUAAAUGAGAUGUGGUUACAAAUACAGUGGUACCUCGGGUUACAGACGCUUCAGGCUGCACACUCCACUAAGCCAGAAAUAGUGCUUCAGGUUAAGAACUUUGCUUCAGGAUAAGAACAGAAAUCGUGUUCCGGCGGCGUGGCAGCAGCGGGAGGCCCCAUUAGCUAAAGUGGUGCUUCAGGUUAAGAACAGUUUCAGGUUAAGAACGGACCUCCGGAACGAAUUAAGUACUUAACCCGAGGUACCACUGUACUAUAAAAUGAAUAUGCGCCGCCGGAGUGCAAAGAUCUGCCCAGUGCCCCCAAAUUUAGUUUUUGUUGUUGUUGUUGUUUAGUCGUGUCCGACUCGGGGGAAAAGAAAAUACAGAUAUACAGAGCAUGAUAGUACUGUAAAUUUUAAAAAUGACAGCCUUUUUCUCUCUCAUUUUUUCUGGGGGGGUGUAUUUGUGCGGCAGGUAACCUACUUCCCCUUCGACUGGCAAAACUGCACGAUGGUUUUCCGCUCAUACACUUACGACACCUCAGAAAUCACCCUUCUCCACCCGAUCGGUGAGGACGGGUUGGAGUUGAAGGAGAUUAUCAUCUACGAAAACACGUUUAUCGGUGAGGAAUGGUGGAUUCUGGGGAAAUACGUGUGGCGGGGGCUGGCUAGACAAGGAAGGGUAAAAUCAGCCCUAGACCCCCCCCAAGGGAUGACCCAAAAGACAACUUAGACCAGGGGUCAGCAAACUUUUUCAGCAGGGGGCCGGUCCACUGUCCCUCAGACCUUGUGGGGGGCCGGACUAUAUUUGGGGGGAAAAUAAAAAUGAACGAAUUCCUAUGCCCCACAAAUAACCCAGAGAAGCAUUUUAAAUAAAAGAACACAUUCUACUCAUGUAAAAACAUGCUGAUUCCCGGACCGUCCAUGGGCCAGAUUGAGAAGGCGAUUGGGCCAGAUCCGGCAGAGAAUGCCCAGUAGCAGUAUAGUGUCAGGAAUAUAGGUUGUUAAGAUCCUUUUGUCCCGUUUAGUUGCUUCCUGCACUCCCCUCUUGCAACGAAGAGACAACAAGCUGUUGUUGUUUAGUCGUUUAGUCGUGUUCGACUCUUCGUGGCCCCCUGGACCAGAGCACGCCAGGCACUCCUGUCUUCCACUGCCUCCCGCAGUUUGGUCAGACUCAUGCUGGCAGCUUCGAGAACACUGUCCCACCAUCUCGUCCUCCGUCGUCCCCUUCUCCUAGUGCCCUCCAUCUUUCCCAACAUCAGGGUCUUUUCCAGGGAGUCUUCUCUUCUCAUGAGGUGGCCAAAGUCUUGGAGCCUCAGCUUCAGGAUCUGUCCUUCCAGUGAGCACUCAGGGCUGAUUUCCUUCAGAAUGGAGAGUUUGAUCUUCUUGCAGUCCAUGGGACUCUCAAGAGUCUCCUCCAGCACCAGAAUUCAAUAGCAUCCAUUCUUCGGCGAUCAGCCUUCUUGAUGGUCCAGCUCUCACUUCCAUACAUCACUACUGGGAAAAUCAGAGCUUUAACUAUACGGACCUUUGUUGGCAAGCUGAUGUCUCUGCUUUUUAGGAUGCUGUCUAGGUUUGUCAUUGCUUUUCUCCCAAGAAGCAGGCGUCUUUUAAUUUUGGGACUGCUGUUACCAUGUGCAGUAAUCAUGGAGCCCAAGAAAGUAAAAUCUCUCACUGCCUCCAUUUCUUCCCCUUCUAUUGGCCAGGAGGUGAUGGGACCAGUGACCAUGAUCUUCGUUUUUUUUUGGAUGUUGAGCUUUAAACCAUAUUUUGCACUCUCCUCUUUCACUCUCAUUAAAAGCUUCUUUAAUUCCUCCUAAGUUUAAAAUGCUUUACUUACAAAACGUUCCAAAGGUCAGAUUCCUGCGUGUAUCCAAGCAGCAGCAAUGCAGAACACAGGCAGAAUACUCUCGGAAUUGCAGAGAAUGCAGAAAGCUUGCUUAGCACGUCUUCCUUGGUUAGUUACAUGGUGAGGAGAGAGUGAGAGAGGAACAGGAAGAGUAGGCUUCACUUCCUCCCUCGCCAGGGGGAAGAGUGGGCGUGACCUAGCUGAGUCUAGGAACACAGCUCUAUUGUCUUAACCCCUUCAUGCACUAACUAGGAAUCACGCAUAGUUGUAUUUCACUGCAAUUUCACUGCAAUUUCCCUUCUGUCUUUUCCUUUGGCAGACAACGGGCAGUGGGAGAUCCGGCACAAACCGUCCCGCAAGAACACCCUCCCGGGAGACCCCCUGUACGAGGACAUCACCUUCUACCUCAUCAUUCGGAGGAAGCCCCUCUUCUACCUCAUCAACGUCAUCAUCCCUUGCAUCCUAAUUACCAUCCUGGCCAUCUUUGUCUUCUAUCUCCCACCAGAUGCUGGUGAGUAGCCAGAAAAAAAGAGCCACUCUUGAGCGACACCUUCAGGCUGUUAAGUGUUAUUACACCCUGUGGGAUGGGCUUCGCUGAGCCUGACGCCCUCCUCAAAGAGGGAUAUUGCAAAGCUGGGGGGGGGCGUUCCACAGGGCGGGCACCACCACCAAGAAGGCCCUCUGCCUGGUUCCCUGUAACUUCACUUCUUGCAGGGAGGGAACCGCCAGAAGGCCCUUGGUGCUGGACCUCAGUGUCCAGGCUGGACGAUGGGGGUGGAGAUGCUCCUUCAGGUCUACUGGGCCUUUGAGGCCGUUUAGGGCUUUCAAGGUCAGCACCGACACUUUGAAUUGUGCUCGGAAAUGUACUGGGAGCCAAUGUAGGUCUUUCAGGACCGGUGUUAUAUGGUCUCCCAGUCACCAGUCUGGCUGCUGCAUUCUGGAUUAGUUAUAGUUUCCGGAUCACCUUCAAAGGUAGCCCCACGUAGAACGCAUGGCAGUAGUCCAAGCGGGAGAUAACCAGACCGUGCGCCACUCUGGAGAGACAGUCUGCGGGCAGGAAGGGUCUCAUCCUGCGUACCAGAUGGAGCUGGCAGACAGCUGCCCUGGACACAGAGUUGACCUGUGCCUCCAUGGACAUCUGUGAGUCCAGAAUGACUCCCAGGCUGCGCACCUGGUCCCUCAGGGGCACAGUUGCCCCAUUCAGGACCAGGGAGUCCUCCACACCCGCCCGCCCCCUGUCCCCCCAAAACAGUACUGCUCAUGUUCUCCUCCACCUCCCUUCCUCAGGCGAGAAGAUGACCCUCUCCAUCUUUGCUCUCCUCACCCUCACCGUCUUCCUCCUGCUACUGGCCGACAAGGUUCCGGAGACAUCCUUGGCAGUGCCCAUCAUCGUGAAAUACCUCAUGUUCACCAUGAGUCUCGUGACUUUGUCCGUCAUCCUCAGCGUGGUCGUCCUCAACUUGCACCAUCGCUCACCCAACACCCAUGAGAUGCCCUUCUGGGUGAGACAGGUAUGUGGGGGAGAUUGACACUAACAUUUCUUCUUCUUUGGCGAUCCCUCGUAGCCGAGUAAGAUGGUCUUCCAUGAACACGGUUUUAACAGUGAGUCCGUAAGUGACUGUGGAGGCCAAUUCUGGACCCACACAUCCUUCCACAGUGGGGACAUUGGUUUCCGGGCGGGAGUUGAUCCCGGUGUGGAUUUGCCAAGCGUGCCUUCCUCUUAGCACGUUUCUCCCUUGCGUCCUGAGUUCGAGUGUCUUCAAAGCCCAUGAUGCCUUUGGUAAAGGCUGUUCUCCAACUGGAGCGCUCGCAGGCCAGUGUUUCCCAAUUGUUGGUUUUUAGCCGCUCUGAGCCCGGUUUCGGCUGGGGAGGGUGGGAUAUAAAUAAAAAUUUAUUCUUCUUCUUAUUAUUAUACUACAUUUUUUGAAAUUUGCCUUCAGACAGCCUUUGAACCUCUUUUGUUGACCACCAGCAUUAAACUUUCCAUUUCUAAGUUGGGAAUAGAGUACCAUAUUUUUCGCUCUAUGAGACGCACCAGACCACAAGUUUUUGGAGGAGGAAAACAGGAAAAAAAAUAUUCUGAAUCUCAGAAGCCAGAACAACAAGAGGGAUCACUGCGCAGUGAAAGCAGCAAUCCCUCUUGCUGUUCUGGCUUCUGGGAUAGCUGCGUAGCCUGCAUUCGCUCCAUAAGACGCACACACAUUUCCCCUUACUUUCUAGGAGGGAAAAAGUGAGUCUUAUAGAGCCAAAAAUACGGUAGUUGCUUUGGAAGACAAUCAUCACAACAUGACCAGUCCAACGAAGUUGAUGUUGAAGAAUCAUCGCUUUGACACUGGUGAUCUAAAAUUUAAACCUCCUAUCUCACGUGGGGGAGAAAUACAAAAAGUAAACAGGCUGUGAAGCCUUUCUAGCAGAGUAAAGACACUUAUACAUUUUGCCGUGUAAUGAAGUUUAGGAAUAAGGCAACUAUAUCUUUUUGUCCACUUUUAUUUGUGGUCUGCUUUGCCUCGCCAUCCCCAUUGGAGCAAAUAGAAUCAUAGAAUCAUAGAAUCAUAGAGUUGGAAGAGACCACAAGGGCCAUCGAGUCCAACCCCCUGCCAAGCAGGAAACACCAUCAGAGCACUCCUGACAUAUGGUUGUCAAGCCUCUGCUUAAAGACCUCCAAAGAAGGAGACUCCACCACACUCCUUGGCAGCAAAUUCCACUGUCGAACAGCUCUUACUGUCAGGAAGUUCUUCCUAAUGUUUAGGUGGAAUCUUCUUUCUUGUAGUUUGGAUCCAUUGCUCCGUGUCCGCUUCUCUGGAGCAGCAGAAAACAACCUUUCUCCCUCCUCUAUGUGACAUCCUUUGAUAUAUUUGAACCUGGCUAUCAUAUCACCCCUUAACCUCCUCUUCUCCAGGCUAAACAUGCCCAGCUCCCUUAGCCGUUCCUCAUAAGGCAUCGUUUCCAGGCCUUUGACCAUUUUGGUUGCCCUCCUCUGGACACGUUCCAGUUUGUCAGUGUCCUUCUUGAACUGUGGUGCCCAGAACUGGACACAGUACUCCAGGUGAGGUCUGUCCAGAGCAGAAUACAGUGACACUAUUACUUCCCUUGAUCUAGAUGCUAUACUCCUAUUGAUGCAGCCCAGAAUUGCAUUGGCUUUUUUAGCUGCCGCGUCACACUGUUGGCUCAUGUCAAGUUUGUGGUCAACCAAGACUCCUAGAUCCUUUUCACAUGUACUGCUCUCAAGCCAGGUGUCACCCAUCUUGUAUUUGUGCCUCUCAUUUUUUUUGCCCAAGUGCAAUACUUUACAUUUCUCCCUGUUAAAAUUCAUCUUGUUUGUUUUGGCCCAGUUCUCUAAUCUGUCAAGGUCGUUUUGAAGUGUUUCAAAUAAAUUGAAAAGGAUGUUCAAAAUAACAUUUGUAAAAACACACACACAACCAGAAGCUUUUCUUUUGGGACAGAACUACCUAAAUUGUAUAGAAAUCUAUUUAUGUAUGCUAUACUACAGCAGUAAGAAUGUUACUUGCUCCAAAGUGGGAAGAAGCAGAAGUCCCAGCAAAGGAAGAAUGGAUACAAAAACUUAUGGAAUACGCAGAAAUGGCGAAACUUACCAGAAGAAUAAGAAAUCAAAACAACAAACUUUUUAUAAAAGAAUGGAAACGGUUUGUUGAAUAUUUACAGAUAAAUUGCAAACAGAUGAAAACAUUGGCAGGAUUAUUGUAGUAACCUGCAGUUUCAUGAGAGUAUAUAUUUAAAGUCGAUAAUUAAAUGAAUUUGGAUAUGCAGAAAAUAUUUAAAAAUAAAUUUAAGGAACUGCAGAAAGAGGGGGAAGGAAGUCAAACUUUGAAAUGUUAAAUGGAUUGUAAAACUAAUGAAAUGUAUAAACUUGAAAAGUAUAAACACAAAGAGAGAGAAUGAAACAAACGUUUUUAGUAAGAAAAAAACGUUUACUUACAUUUCAGUGCAGGCAGCAAAUAUAGCAAUGUAGUAGAUAGAAGACGACUUCAAACUUAGAGCAAAAUAAGAGUUGGCGGUCUCAAUAGAGGGUGCGUGAGUCCUCAGACACAUUUCCGCUUAGCAUGUUGGAGCAUGGUAGAAAAAGAGAGGCAGAAGGAGACCUGCACUGGUGUAGCAAAACAUGCAUUUGUGAUUGGGCAGCAAAUCCCACAGGAAUAGCGCCAUCGCUUGAAGGGGCAGUGGGAGAACAGCUGCAUCUUAAAAGGAAAGUGAUAGGGGGGCGAGGAGGAAGAAGCUGACCAGCAGAACCGUGCUUGGGACCAGCUGUGAACUGUGGAACUCCCUGCCACAGGAGGGAGCGACGGUUCCCAACCUGGGUGGCUAUAAAAGAGAACUGGGCAUGUUCAUGGAGGAAGAGGGCGCUACUGAUGGCUACUAGCCGGAAUGGCUGUGUUUUGCCUCCACGGUCAGAGGCAGCGAUCCUUCUGAAGAACAGUUGCUGGAAACCGCAGGCGGGGAGAGUGGCUCUCGAACUCGGGUCCUGCUCGCGGGUUCCCCAGAGACAUCUGGUCAUACUCUGUGAUGGCAGCAUGUUGGACUAGAUAGGUCAUUGGACAGAUCCAGCAAGCUUCAUAUUACAUUAUUAUGCCUUUCAGACUGCAAUGAGCGUGAGAUGCCAAAAGGCCAGGGAGAGAUUCACAGCCACUAAAGGCCAUAGGGACUACCAUCAGCUGUCAGAUUAAUAAUAAUAAUAAUAAUAAUAAUUUAUUAUUUAUACCCCGCCCAUCUGGCUGGGUUUCCCCAGCCACGAUUAUAUAAAAGCAUCUAUAUAGUUCUGUUUUUGGCCUCCGGCCUUUGGCUUGGACUCAGUCUGACCCAUAUGUUUCCCUCCCCUUAUGGUUUUGAUCUACGGGCUGCUUUUAAAACGAGGCUGCAUUUUAAAUUGCAUUUUAACCUGUAUUUUAAAUUGGUGUUUUCCCCCCCGUAUUAUGUUCUCACUGUAAUUUUUACUACUGUUAUCUGCCCUGAGCCCAGCUCUGGCCAGAGAGGAUGGGGUAUAAAUUAUUAUUAUUAUUAUUAUUAUUAUUAUUAUUAUUAUUAUUGAGACAACCACCCUCUUACCAAUACCUUCUGCCUCGCUGGCAUCCCUUAAGCAGAAAUGUGGGGGGGAAUGUGAGGAAAUGUACUCUCUCUUCCUCCCUCUCCUUCCUUCUCUAGAUCUUCAUCCACACACUACCCCGGUAUUUGGGCUUGCGGCGUCCCAAGCCAGAGACACUCUUGAAACCUGCACCCCCACACCCCAAACAAGAGACCGUGGUGAAAAGCAACCGCCGGACGGACGAAUAUUUUAUCCGCACCCCUGCCUACGAUUUCCUGUUCCCCAAACCCAACAGGUGAAGAGGCCGGGCAAUUUGACACUGGUGGGAUGAACGAGAGAGAGGUCAUUGCUAGGUACAGGGGUACCUCGGGUUACAUACGCUUCAGGUUACACACUAUGCUAACCCAGAAAUAGUGCUUCAGGCUAAGAACUUUGCUUCAAGUUGAGAACAGAAAUCAUGCUCCAGCGGCGCGGUGGCAGCAGGAGGCCCCAUUAGCUAAAGUGGUGCUUCAGGUUAAGAACAGUUUCAGGUUAAGAACGGACCUCCGGAACGAAUGAAGUACUUAACCUGAGGUACCACUGUAGUUCUGAAAUUGUGGCAGUGGGAAUUGGGGACACGCCCCAGACUCUCAGUCAGUCAGACUUUAUUCAGGAUUGCGUCGCCAGGUAGAGUCCAAAGAUCAUUCCCGAUUUCCUCGCAAAUUGCAAAUCCGAUUUGGUCAUGUUGACGGUAAAGCCAGUUCAGAAGGUUUCAAAGCCCGUUGAGAGCGAGGGCCACCCUUUCCGGUUCAGUGUUGUCGUCACUCCAAAUGGGGAAAUAUCUUCGCCCUGGCACUUUUCAGGACUAAUUGGAUUUUUUUUGAAAAAGGAGGGCCCUCCCCAUUUGAGAAAUAUUUGCUACUCUUGAAUAAAGGGACCCCUGACCAUUAGGUCCAGUCGUGACCGACUCUGGGGUUGCGGCACUCAUCUCGCUUUACUGGCCGAGGGAGCCGGCAUACAGCUUCCGGGUCAUGUGGCCAGCAGGACUAAGCCGCUUCUGGCGAACCAGAGCAGCGCACGGAAACGGCGUUUACCUUCCCGCCGGAGCGGUACCUAUUGAUUUACUUGCACUGGUGUGCUUUCGAACUGCUAGGUUGGCAGGAGCAGGGACAGAGCAACGGGAGCUCACCCUGUCGCGGGGAUUCGAACCGCCAACCUUCUGAUCAGCAAGUCCUAGGCUCUGUGGUUUAACCCACAGCGCCACCCGCAUCCCUUACUCUUGAAUAGCUCCCUUAAAAUAGAGGGGAAGAUGGCGGCCUCAGCUUGUUCUACCAAUGGUGGACUUCUUCUUCCAUUCUCACUCUUUCAAGGUUUUCAUAAAAUUGUUGGGAGAGUCAUCUGCAGUGUGGGGGUCUUUUGCCCAACGUGGGGCUCGAACCCUCGACCCUGAAAUUCAGAGUCUCAUGCUCUGCUAACUGAUUUAUUUACAUGGGAGAGGAUAUAUUAAUUACAAAUAUCCUUCCAGACUCUCACAUGUGUGGGGUCAGCUUGAAUAAUCAGCUUGAUGUUUGCAUUUGGAACAUGGGCAGAGCUUUUAGAUGACCACCCUUUGGCAGGAAAACAGAAGCUUAGGAAAGGCUGAAAGCUGCCACUUUUGGAGUUACCACGCUUAGUAAAAUAAUGACCGUAAAGUAAGUUUAAAUUGGAGUUUACUUACUUAAAAGUCUUGCGCUCAUUUUCAGCACCCAACAGCAGCAAACACAACACUGGUGGAAAAAUACUUCUAGGUUAUAAAAUACAUAGUUAAAUAGUAAAAUUGUGUCUAUGCUCAGGGAGAGUUGAGACACACAUCCAUCCCAAUCAAAAAUAUGGUGCAAAAGGACAAAGAGAGAGAGAAAGAGAGAGGGGAUAAGGAUAAGGAAUCGCAUUCCUAUGGACUGAGUCUGCCUGUCUAGGAAUUUACAUCUCUGUGGCUGUUAGCCCCUAGACCAGGGGUCAGCAGACUUUUUCAGCAGGGGGCCGGUCCACUGUCCCUCAGACCUUGUGGGGGGCCGGACUAUGUUUUGAAGGGGGAAAAUGAACGAAUUCCUAUGCCCCAGAAAUAACCCAGAGAUGGGUUUUAGAAUGGCGGCAGCUACACUCGGAACUCCCUGCCUCUUGACCCCUUCAUGGUAUUUUUUUUGGCACCUGCUAAAAAGAUUCUCAUUCAGGCAAUGUUAACUUUUCGUAUAUUUUAAACCGUCGCUGUACGCUUUUUCUUACGCUUUUGUCUCUUUUCGUAAACCGCUUUGAGAGGCUGUUGUAGUAGUUGCAGAGGUCAGUAAUCUUUUUCAGCAGGGGGUCGGUCCACUGUCCAUCAAACCUUGUGGGGGGCCGGAUUAUAUUUUGAAGGGAAAAAAUGAACGAAUAACCCCCACAAAUAACCCAGCGAUGCAUUUUAAAUAAAAGGACACAUUCUACUCAUGUAAAAAACACGCUGAUUCCUGGACGUCCGCAGGCCAGAUUUAGAAGGCGAUUGGGCCGGAUCCGGCCCCCAGGCCUUAGUUUGCCUACCCACGCCCUAGACCAAUGGUUCUCAACCUGUGGGACCCCAGAUGUUGUUGGACUACAACUCCUAUCAUUCCUAGCCACUCAUGACCAGUGGGCAGGGAUGAUGGGAGUUGUAGUCCAACAAUAUCUGGGGACCCACAGGUUGAGAACCGCUGCUAGACUCGCUAAUUGACGAGAAUAUGCAUUGUUAGGUUUGACGGCAAAUCUCCCGCAGGUUCCAGCCAGAGGCGUUCCCCACGGAUAUGAAGAAGUACAUUGACGGCCCCAGUCACUGCAUCGCGCUUCCGCCAGACUUGAAGGCCGCCAUGGACGCCAUCACCUACAUAGCAGAGCAGCUCCAAGAACAGGAUGACUACGAUGAGGUGAGUUCUUGUGGAAGAAACCAAGCCUUCUGGGGAAGGGUGGAAGGAUCUGGGCGUGUUUUGCCUGGAUAAAGGGAGACCGAGAUGAGAUGCAAUUUGUUGUUGUUGUUUAGUCGUUUAGUCGUGUCUCCUCGUGACCCCCUGGACCAGAGCACGCCAGGCCCUCCUGUCUUCCACUGCCUCCCGCACUUUGGUCAAACUCAUGCUGGUAGCUUCGAGAACACUGUCCCACCAUCUCAUCCUCUGUCGUCCCCUUCUCCUUGGGCCCUCCAUCUUUCCCAACAUCAGGGUCUUUUCCAGGGAGUCUUCUCUUCUCCUGAGGUGGCCAAAGUCUUGGAGCCUCAGCUUCAGGAUCUGUCCUUCCAGUGAGCACUCAGGGCUGAUUUCCUUAAGAAUGGAGAGGUUUGAUCUUUUUGCAGUCCAUGGGACUCUCUAUUGCAUCAUCAAUAGCCACCUUCAAAUAUCUGGUGGGCUUCCACAUGGAAGAGGGAACAAAGGUGUUCUGGAGGGCAGGACCCCCAAAACCAACAGAUUCAAAUUACAAGGGAGGAGAUUCCAGGCAGUUGGAGGAUGGAUGGCGGCUAAUGGAUUGAGGUUGAAUCCUGACAAGACAGAAGUACGGGAGGCGGGCAGGUGUGGAGGACUCCCUGGUCCUGAAUAGGGUAACUGUGCCACCGAAGGACCAGGUGCGCAGCCUGGGAGUCAUUCUGGACUCACCGCUGUCUAUGGAGGCGCAGGUCAAUUCUGUAUCCAGGGCAGCUGUUUACCAGCUCCAUCUGGUACGCAGGAUGAGACCCUCCCCGCCCGCGGGCUGUCUGGCCAGAGUGGUGCAUGCUCUGGUUAUCUUCUGCUUGGACUACUGCCAUGCGCUCUACGUGGGGCUACCUUUGAAGGUGACCUGGAAACUACAAUUAAUCCAGAAUGCGGCAGCUAGCCUGGGGACUGGGAGCGGCCGCCGAGACCACAUAACACCGGUCUUGAAAGACCUACAUUGGCUCCCAGGACAUUUCCGAGCACAAUUCAAAGUGUUGGUGCUGACCUUGAAAGCCCUAAACGGCCUCAAAGGCCCAGUAGACCUGAAGGAGCGUCUCCACCCCCAUCGUCCAGUCCGGACACUGAGGUCCAGCUCCGAGGGCCUUCUGGCGGUUCCCUCGCUGCGUGAAGCCAAAUUACAGGAAACCAAGCAGAGGGCCUUCUCAGUGGUGGCGCCCGCCCUGUGGAACACCCUCCCACCAGAUGUCAAAGAGAUAAACAACUACCUGACAUUCAGAAGACAUCUGAAGGCAGCCCUGUUUAGGGAAGUUUUUAAUGUGUGAUAUUUUAGUGUAUUUUUGGUCUUUGUUGGAAGCCGCCCAGAGUGGCUGGGGAAACCCAGCCAGAUGGACAGGGUACAAAUAAUAAAUUAUUAUUAAAUUAUUAAAACUAGGAAGAACCUUCUGAGGGUCCGAACUGUUUGGCUGUGGAACACAUGCCCUCUGAAGGUGACGGGUUCUCCUUCAUUGGAGGUUUUUAUGCAGAGGUUGGAUGGACACCUGUCAAGCAGCUCCGACUCCUGUCUCGCAGGGGUUUGGGCUGGAUGACCUUUGAGGGUCCCUCCCAGUUCGACUGUUCUGUGACCUGCUUCCUCCUUCCCUUGCAGCUGAAGAAGGACUGGGAGUACGUCGCCAUCGUGGUGGACCGCCUCUUCUUCUGGACCUUCAUCAUCUUCACCACGCUGGGCACCUUCAGCAUCUUCCUGGACGCCAGUUUCCACCUGCCCCCUGACCAGCCCUUCCCCUGAGCCCACAGCCUCCUUCGCCCAACCGGAAUAAUGUGUCAGGUGGUCCUUCCACGGGGAAGGCCUGUGAACCGUUGACUCCCGCCGACACGGCGACAGGAUGUGAAGAACAUGCUCGUGCCCACAUCCCUAUGGGGUGGGUCUGGGGAACCUCAGGGUCAAAUACAGCCCCCUAAGCCUCUCUAUUCAGACCCUAGGCCACACCCUCUCUGCAAGUCACACCCACUGGGACUCCUCAAGGCCACACCCUCUCCUCAAGCCACACCCACUGGGACUCUACAAGGCCACAUCCCCUCCUUAAGCCACACCCACUAGGACUCCACAAGGCCAAGCCCUCUCCUCAAGCCACACCCACUGGGACUCUCCAAGGCCACACCCUCUCAAGCCACACCCCUACAUGUACUGUACAAGGCCACGCCCUCUCCUCAAGCCACACCCACUGGGAUUCCACAAGGCCACACCCUCUCAAGCCACUCCCAUUGGGAUUCCACAAGGCCACACCCUCUCCUCAAGCCGCACCCACUGAACUCUACAAGGCCACACCCUCUCCUCAAGCCACCCCCACUGGGACUCUACAAGGCCACACCCUCUCCUCAAGCCACUCCCACUGGGAUUCCACAUGGUCACACCCUCUCAAGCCACACCCACUGGGACUCUACAAGGCCAUGCCCUCUCCUCAAGCCACACCCACUGGGAUUCCACAAGGCCACACCCUCUCCUCAAGCCACGCCCCAUGGGACUCAACAAGGCCACACCCUCUCCUCAAGCCACACCCACUGGGACUCCACAAGGCCCCACCCUCUCCUCAAGCCACACCCCCACUGGGACUCUCACUGGGUGACCUUUGUCCAGCCGCUGCCUUUCUCAGCCUAGCCUACCUCGCAAGAUUGUUGUGGGGAUUAAAGGAGGAGGGGAGGGAGAACCUUGAGCUCCUUGGGGGAUAUGAAUGCAACAAAUAAAGAAAUGAAUAAUAAAACUC